AUGUCGCAGCCAUUUCUGAACCAAACACCGUCCGAAGAGGCAACUUUAGCCACACGGGGAUACAAAUUGAUAAAAAAACUUGGCGAGGGCUCGUAUGCCAAGGUGUACCUCGCCGAGUACAAGCCAGAUAACGACCCUGACCGAGCGAAUGCACUGGCGUGUAAGAUCGUGGACACCGCCAAAGCGCCCAAGGACUUUGUCAAAAAAUUUUUGCCCCGAGAAUUAGAUAUUUUAGUGAAGUUAAAUCAUCCUCACGUAGUCCACGUGCACAGCAUAUUUCAAAGGAGGUCGAAAUACUUUAUAUUCAUGAGAUUAGCCGAGAAUGGGGACCUACUUGAUUUUAUAUUGAAAAACGGAGCGGUCGCUGAAAGUCAGGCGCGAGUUUGGCUCAGGCAACUUGCUCUUGGACUCCAGUAUCUACACGAAAUGGAAAUAGCACAUCGUGAUAUGAAGUGUGAAAACGUGCUGAUCACGUCGAAUUACAACGUAAAAUUAGCGGACUUUGGUUUUGCACGAUAUGUAAUCGACAGCCGAGGUAAACGUGUCCUGAGCGAUACUUACUGCGGCUCAUUAUCUUACGCCGCACCGGAAAUACUAAGAGGAUCACCUUACAACCCAAAGAUAGCGGAUAUUUGGUCUCUGGGGGUGAUACUUUACAUAUUACUCAACAAAGCCAUGCCUUUCGAUGAUACUAACAUAAAGAGAUUGUACGAACAACAGACUAACAGGAGGUGGAAAUUUCGCGGUAAAGUGAUAGACAUUUUGAGCGAUAACGUUAAGAGGGUCGUUACCAAUCUGCUUGAACCCGACUUGAAUAAGAGAUGGAAAAUGGACCAGGUAUUGCAUAGCGAUUGGAUACUCAUGGAUCCUCGAUUAAUGGUCCUUACACCUGCCGAGCAAACCGCCCUCAACUCUGCAAUUGAAGAAAGAAAAAGGAACGAGGAAAAAAUAAAUAAACAUUCGGCAAGUGACCACGACUAAACUUAAAGGAAUAAUUUUUGUCAUUGAUUAAGAAAUUUUUCCCGUGUGUUUUCCAGAAGACUUCAAAACCUGAGAGCAGGAGCAAGACUGAUGCCAAUGAAGACCGUGGACGCGGAAAUGAAGAUGUGACAGUCAUCAAAGAGGUGAUUAAGGAUCACAGAGAACGUUUAUCGGAAGCGCCCAAACCCUGAUUGAACCGUAGAUGAAUUAGCUGCGGAAUUU